AUGUCAGCGAAUCAGUCUACCCAAACCAUCAUUAAUUUACCUUCAAAUGACGAGAAAAUUCAAUCAAGACAAGAAGCAAUUAAAUCUCAUCUUCCACGCGUUUCAAUCGAAUAUUGUAUUCAAUGUCGAUGGAUGGCACAGGAAUUAUUGGUUACAUUUAAUGAUCUCCUCGGUGAAGUAGCUUUAAUUCCUGGCUCUAAGGCCGUUUUCAAAGUUCAUAUCAAUGGAGAACUUAUUUGGGAUCGUAAGCAAGAAGGAAGAUUUCCAGAAAUGAAAGAAUUGAAAACGCUUAUUCGAAAUAAAAUUGCUCCCGAUAUGAAUCUUGGUCAUAGUGAUGCAGAUAAAAAAGGUGAAUCUGCUAAAACAACUGCCACCAAUGACGAGGUGACCGAAACAACUGAAGUAUGCAAAGAUUGUGCUUAG